UGCUCCGGAUCAAACCCUUGUAAACCCGGCGAGACGAAGAGAGAGAAAACAAAAAAAAAGAAAAACGAAAAAGAGUUAAACAAAAAAAAAAAAAAGGAGGAGAAAAUCGAAGGAAAGAAAGAAAGAAAAAGAAAAGAAUAAGGGAUUUGAAACUAUGGUGGUAUCGCAGGGAGUUUUUUGAAGGAGAUGAGAAACCAUGUCGAAAACCGACGAUCCGGAGCGUAAUAUACCCUGGGGCACUUGGGAGGAGCUCUUGCUAGCGUGCGCCGUUAAUCGGCACGGCACGAAGAACUGGGACUCCGUCGCGAUGGAAAUACAGAACCGCACCUCUUCCCCCCUUAUCUUAACCGCGCAGAACUGCAAACAGAAAUACCUCGACCUACAGCGGCGAUUCGUGGCCGUUGAUGAUAAAACGGACGGUGGAGAUGACGAGUCUGAAAAGGACGAUAAAAAGAAGAUCCCUUGGCUCGAAGAGCUCCGUAAACUUCGUGUCGCUGAGCUUAGACGCGAGGUUCAGCGAUACGACGUUUCGAUCGUGUCCCUGCAAUUGAAGGUGAAGAAGCUCAAAGAAGAGCGCGAACGGAGCUUGGAAGAGACCGAGAACGGCGAUGAAAAAGCAGAUCUGGCGAAAGAGGAGACGAAAAACGAAGGAGAUACCGAGAAGGAGAAAGAUGGGGAGGAUGACAGAUCCUCACCAGAAAACGUCGACGGAAAGCGGAUCUCCGGAGAAGAUUCCGACCGCGAGAACCAGUCCUUCAACGAAUCGAAUUCGACGGAUCCGAAAGACAAGCAACGGGAAACAGAGGGGGAGAAGAGGCCGGAAGACGAUGCCGGAACCACCGCCGGAAAACCGGAUCCGGCUUCCGGCGAGUCGCCGGAGGAGAAAGCGGUUGGUGAGGGGUCAUACAACGGAAGCUCUGAUACGGUGGCGAAAGGCACCGCGGCCGCGAAGUCCCCGGCUCCGACCCCAGCACCUGACACGGGCGAGUCGGCCGAGUUUCGGGAAUCGGUCGCCGAGUCGAAGGGCGAAGGGGUGGAGGGUGCGAAGGAGAGCAGCGACGUGCAGAGUUCGGCGAGCCUGUCGAGGAAGAGGCGCCGGAGAAAGGCCAUUUCCGGCAGCAGCUCAGGCGAGGAGCCGGAAGCCGACGAUGUUUCUCCGGUCAGCAAACGGAUCCCUGUGAAAUCCCAACCGUUGGUUGGUUUCCUCGAGAUUAUCCGAUCUCACAAACAUGGCUCCGUUUUCGAGCGCCGGCUCGAAUGCCAGGAAGGCGGAGAUUACCAGAGCAUGAUUCGUCAGCACGUGGAUCUUGAAAUGGUGCGGACGAAGCUCGAGGAAGGGCUGUAUGCCGAUGGCAGCCUCGAAUUCUUCCGAGAUCUGUUGCUUCUCUUCAACAACGCCAUCGUCUUCUUCCCGAAGAAUUCGUCCGAACAAGCUGCGGCUACUGCGCUCCGAGCAGUUGUGUCCAAGGAGAUGGCCAGAUCUAUCCCGAAACCAUAUACGCUGUCCAAGGAGCGGACGCCACCGCCGCGGCCACAGCCAUCACUCCCAAAGCCCAACUCAGAGCCGUCCAUAUCCUUACCUGGAAAGCCGAAUUCAACGGGUCCCUUGAUCGCCUGUCGGAAGCGCAGCUCGAUCUCCUCAAAGGCCCACCCAGCGGUGGCUGCCGAGGUGAAGAGGAAGGAGGCGGUGGAAAUCGACAGGAAGCCUGAUGCCGCUGAUCUCAAGGAACCCGACAACUCAUCAGCGAACAUGGUGGUGGAGCCGCGGGUUACAAAGAAGAGAUCGAUGGAUAGAUCCGCGCCGAGGGGGACGCGGACCAGCAAGACCCGCAGCAACAACAUCAACGUCGGUGCCAGGACCUCGAAUCCUAGCGUUAAUCCCAACCCUAGCCCUAGCUCGAACAGCAAUGCAGCUGCGGCGGCGAAAGCUGGUGGGUCGAACGAGAGCUCUGAUGGCAAGGCGGAGAAGAAAAAUUCGAAUUCGGCGUCGGUAGCCAAGAAGCGAAGCGCAGCAAAUUUCCUGAACAGAAUGAAGCGGAGCCUGUCUUCGAACGGGACGCUGCUGGAGACGUUGAAGGGUUCCGUCGGAAAUGGCUCGGGCAGCAACAGCAGGGGAGCAGAGCAGAAGAAAGGCGGGAGAGGAGACAGCCGUAGAGAUCAGGGGCACCGGCAGGCAUCGGUCGGGAAGCAGGUGCAGGAGCAGAGCAGUCCUGUUGCGGCGAAGAGGAGCGUAGGACGGCCACCGAAACGGGCCACGGCAGCAGCCGCAGCAGCGUCGGCACCCCCAUCGAGGCGAGGAAAGGAUGCAGUGGAGGCGGAGGCGAAGCCACCCCCAAGGAAGCGUGCGAGGAGGUGAUAGUGGCAGGUUGUGUAAAUUAUGUACUGUUUGAGGUUUAUUUUGUAACUGAUUAUCCUUUUGGUUUAGAAAAUCGCUCGUUUUUUUUUUUUUUUUUUUUUGGGUUGGGGGGAUGUAAAACGUGUUGAUGGAAUUAAUUAAAUUUAACGAUGA